GGAGAAGGCAAUGAACCAGCCAACAAGAUACAGCAGGAACAAAAGGUGCUGAGUCCAAGGCCUGAGCUCAGAGAAGGAGUCUGGCUCCACCCCCAUGUCCCGAUAUAUAUCUUCCUUGAGCUCCUAUGCCCCGAAGAGGUGAUUUUCCAAGUGUCUCUGCUGUGCCUGCACCCUGCGCAUCCUUGACCAGAGCUUACAAGUGAACAAUUGGCUGUGAUGGCAGGAGGCCCCCCUAGCAUCAAGGAGGAGAUGGAAAUGUCUAUGGCUGAAGAACUGGGUGCUGGAAGUCAAGGCCAAAGCCAAGAGCAACUGGUGAUAGCAGAAAUGAUGGAGCGUGGAUCUCGGUCCCUGGGUGCCUCCCAGAAGCGACAGAAGUUGGAACCGAAGUCUGCUGGUUCUGCUGCAGCCCAACUAAUUUGGAAUAUGACUGCCACCCGGCCCAAGAAAGUGGGGCCCCACCUGCCGAUACCCAGGAUGUCCAGAGACCAGGGCCAUGGUGAAGUCCAUUCCCAGGAGUAUCCUGGCAGCUUCCAAGCCAUGAGAUUCCACUAUGAGCGCAACCCGGAGGCAGACAUGGUAGCAGAGAUUGGCCUAGAAGAGCUCAAUGGGCUGGAGAUGGAAGUCAUGAGAAGACAGCUGAGUGUGAUCACUGGGCGUUUGCGUGCCCUGGAGGACCAGGGCACCACCUGGCGCCACAGGGAUGCUCUGUUCUUCACCAUGCUGGUGUCAGCUUGUGCCAUCAACCUGUGGCUGUGGAUGCGCCAGUGAAGCUUUGCUGCUGCUACAGUGUCGCCAGAGCCCUCCCUCCUUCCCUUUUUUCCUUCUGUCCAUGGGCCACCCUUGCCCACCCACCUCCCAUCUCCCAGCAGCUCCAGGGCCAUUUUCCAACUCUGACCCCUUGCCUGGGGAGGUCAGGUCACUCCAUGGGGAGGUCCCAGCUGCUGGGAAGGUGGAGGAGGUCAAAAGGGGCUGAGCUGCUGCCCUUGUUGAAGGCAAUGAGAGCAGCAUCUGGUCCCCACAUUAACACCAGUGUCAGGUGCUGCCUUGCCUCUGUGACCUCAGCAUCCCUUCUGUUCCAUCCUCUGUAGACAUGGGUUUGGCUCUGUCUUCAUCCUUUGUCUGCUUCCACAUUAUGCACAGGGCUCUGCACAGAGAAGGUGUUCAAUAAAAGUUCAAUAAUAGCA